AGCCUGGGAUGCAUGGAGGCAACUCAGGGGCUGGUCGGUACGCUUCCAGAACCAGUCUCCAGGAUUGGGGAUUGUUUGCAGGGGCCCACCCUGAGGGAUUAAAGUAAGGGUCUCCUACUUGGAAACAGAGAUCUGAGUUCCAGAGUGAAGCUUCCAGCUAACGUGAGCUUGUUUCUGACCCCCCAUGGCCUAGUAAAGGUAGAAUACCCUAAGCAGUGGAAAUCCAUUGUGGAAGAUACUCAACCUACAUGAGACCUUUGACUGAGACUUCAUGGCAGAGCCUGGAAACUGACACGAUGGAGCAGGUCUUGGAGCUGUUGGUCUUAGAGUAAUUCUUGACCCUCCCACUAGUAGAAACAGAACCGUAUGAAAACAGAAAGGAGGAGGUAACCAUGGAGGAUUUGAUCCAGAUACUUGAAGAGAAAGCUCUGCCUUUGCAGGAUUCAGCCCUUCCCUAUGAGGGAGAUACAGAGGAGAAGGGCUCUGGGAUUCUGAUGACCAGAUCUCAGGAAUCAUUGACAUUCAAGGACGUGGCUGUGGACUUCACCCAGGAGGAAUGGGGCCAGCUGGAUCCUGCUCAGAGGGGCCUGUACAGGGAUGUGAUGCUAGAGAAUUAUGGAAACCUGGUCUCUUUGGGGCAUCAAGUUUCCAAACCGGAUAUGAUCUCUCAGUUGGAGCAAGGAAGAGAACCCUGGAAGGUAGAGAGAAAAACCUCAAGAGACAUCUGCUCAGACUCAGAGACUAUGAAGGAAAGCAAGGUGCCAUCUCCACAGGAGACUAUUUCUGAAGAAACGUCAAUACAGGAAGCAGUAAUGGACUCCAUAAGGAGUGGUCUCUGGUACUCCAAGUUAGGAGUAGCCAGAGAAUGUGAUGGCCACUUGGGGAAACAGCAGGGAAUUCAAGAAAAAUAUUUGAAGGAAACACCCAUAAGCAGUAAAACCACCCUCAUAGGGAAGAGAGAACCUGAAUGUAAUGAAUUUGGGAUAUCCUUUAGACAGAACUCAGUCCCUGUUAAGCAGCAGAAUGGUCUGAUAGGAAACCAAUACCAUAAAAGAGGUAAAUAUGAAGAGAUCAUCAAACAUAAUUCAGAGCUAAUUAAAAAUCAAAGAAAGUUUUUAGGGACCAAUGAAUACUAUGAAUGUGAGAAAGACUUCAGUAGAAAUACACAUCUUAUCCAACCUCAGAGAAUCCAUACUGGUAAGAAACCCUUUAAAUGUCAUAAAUGUGAAAAAAUUUUCAGUGAGCAUUCAUACCUUAUUAAACAUCAGAGAAUUCAUACUGGAGAAAAACCUUAUGAAUGCAGUGAUUGUGGGAAAGCCUUCAUUUGGAAAACACAACUUACUGAACAUCAGAGAAUCCAUACUGGAGAGAAACCCUAUGAAUGUAAUGAAUGUGGGAAAGCCUUCAGAUUGAAUACAAUCCUUACCCAACAUCAGAGAAUUCAUACGGGAGAGAAACCCUAUGAAUGUAAUGAAUGUGGGAGAGCUUUCAGCCAGUGUGCAAAUCUUAUUCAGCAUCAGAGAACUCAUACUGGAGAAAAACCAUAUAUAUGUAAGGAAUGUGGGAAAGCCUUUAGCAGAAGUACAAAUCUUACUGAACAUCAGAGAAUUCAUACUGGAGAGAAACCCUAUAAAUGUAAUAUGUGUGGGAAAAGUUUCAGGAAAAGUGAAAUCCUCACUAAACAUCAGAGAAUUCAUACUGGAGAAAAACCCUAUGAAUGCCAUGAAUGUGAGAGGACUUUCAGCCAGCAGGCACACCUUAUUGGACAUCAGAGAAUUCAUACUGGAGAAAAGCCCUAUGAAUGUAACCAAUGUGGGAAAGCCUUCAGACUGAGUACAAAUCUUACUCAACACCAGAGAAUUCAUACUGGAAAGAAACCUUUUGAAUGUUAUGAAUGUGAGAGAACUUUUAGUCAGCAUGCACACCUCAUUGAACACCAUAAAAUCCAUACAGGAGAGAAACCCUAUAAAUGUAAUGAAUGUGGAAAAGCCUUUAGCCAGAGUCCAGCCCUUGUUCGACAUCAGAGAAUUCAUACUGGUGAGAAACCCUAUGAGUGUCAUGAAUGUGGGAAGGCAUUCAGUGAUAGAUCAUCCCUUACUAAACACCAGAUGAUACAUACUGGAGAAAAACCCUUUAAAUGUCAUGAAUGUGAGAAGGCCUUCAGCCGGAGUUCAGACCUUACUCGGCAUCAGAGAAUUCAUACUGGAAAUUAUAAGAUCCUUGGAGUUUGACAGCUUUCAGAUGAAGACCCCUUUUAUGGCACAAGAGCAAGGGCUAGCGAGAACUGAACUGGCAUCAGAAGAUGUUACAAUUGAACAGGAGCUGAGUAUCACAAACUCAUUCUGUUCCUACCUUGAUUUUACUGUCAUCUUCACACUCAUUCUAGUGCUUUUUCCCUAUUCGUUAUCCUAAUUCGUCCUUCCCUGAGUCUAUGUAUCUAACCUGUUCUGAACUGGUAACACUUUCUCUAACAUUCUAUUGUGACUCCUGGCUUUCUUACUGAGACUGAGGCUUGGCUAUCUUUGCUUUUAGUCCACAGUUCCUUUCUUCAUGCAAAAGUUCUCAACUGCUGGCAGCUCAGCAGGUAACUAUUGCUUUUCUGAUGCUGGCUAAAUAGACAUGGUACCCCACUCCCGUAUAGACCUGGCUUUUGAAGGCAAAACAAAAACAAAAGCCCUCAGACUCUAGUAGCCCUGCUAAAAUAUAAGACAACUCUAGCAAGCCAAGGAGUCAGUAAUCAGUUGUGCCAAAUUGUUUCAACUUCUGAGCUGAGAUUUGUCUGGGAAUGAGUUUGGUAUGACUGUAUCAAAUUAAUUCAUGAUUGGUAUUGGUAGCUCUCCUCUGAGAUGAGGUGGCCUGGCUUGGGGGGAUGUGGCAUUUAUUCCCUUUUAAGAUCAUCUUUUUGUACUUGAACACUGAGGGAUUCCUCUGCCUUUGGCCAGGAUACCUGGAUGGCCCUCUUUUUUGGAUCCCACCAUUCUACUACCUCUUAACUGGGAGGAGUCUGUACAAAUGGGAGGUAUGGCUAACCUCAUCUAAACUCAUCAGGCAUUGGAAGAGGUGCAAAUAAACCUCACAUCCAUCCAGGGAAUAUCACAAACUUAAGACUGCUCCCUAAGUGUUGAUAAGAUUUUUCCCAAAAAAUAUCACAUACACACUACCUUGAAAAUAGAAGAUAUGUUUGAUAAGCAUAGUAUAAAACUUUUUUUUAAAAUUGGGGUAGGGUUUUUUGGUAUUGUUGUUGAAAAUCAAUAUGAAAAUCUUAACAAAAUUAUUGACAUGCAUGGAGAAUUUGAUCCAAAUACAGAAUCUAGAAAUCCUUUCAUACAAACAUUUAUGCAGUGUUAUAAAAGUGGACUAUGCCUUUGGCAUGGCUGUUUGCCACAGUGGAUAUAGUAUUGGACUUUGUAAUCAGAAAGACUUAGAUUUAAGCCUCACCUCUGACCAUGCACAUAUCACUUAUCUCCUCUGAGUCUCAGUUUCCCCAUCUGUAAAGCAAGGAGAAAAAGACUUGUAUUGCCUAACUUAUAGAGUGAUUGUAAGGCUUGAAUAAGCUGAUAAACUCACAGAUUUUCCCACAUUUGACAGCUGUCCUUUCCACUCAUCUAGAAAAAGUAAAGGAGAAACAUGUAAGAGAUAGACGUAUCUGGUCCUCAAGUUUAUUUCUUUUGCAUCUAUCACAGGUCAUGGUCUGCUUCAUAGGUCACAUUUCAUAUCAGUCCUUCAUUCUCUGUGAACUGCUUUCUGGAUCCCCAUAGAGUUUGGUAGUUGUGCCUAUACCCUUUACUCACCCUCUGUCAGAUCUACUUAUCUACUGCCCAAAGUGCCCUCUUUUCUUUCAUCCUUCCUCUCAUAGAGCCUAUUCCACAAGGCAGUGUAGUUUAGUGAAUAAAGCACUGGUCUUGGAGUCAAGAAGACCUAGGUUCAAAUCCUACCUC